GACGUUCGUCCCGCCUCCCACAGCCGCGAAGGGACUCACCCACAUACGGGGUAUAAGAGCGCCACGCGUCACGUGACCCCGCAGGAGGGCGGGGCCGGGAGGAAGCCGAUGCGCGCUCGAACUGAGGAGACCAAAGCUGCAGGAGAAUGGACAGCGAGGUACAACGAGAUGGAAGGAUCUUGGAUUUGAUUGAUGAUGCUUGGCGGGAAGACAAGCUGCCAUACGAGGAUGUUGCGAUCCCACUGAGUGAGCUUCCCGAGCCUGAGCAGGACAAUGGCGGCACCACAGAGUCUGUGAAAGAGCAGGAGAUGAAGUGGACAGACCUGGCCUUGCAGUGCCUCCACGAGAACGUCCCACCAGCUGGAAACUGACACUGGCUUGCUUUCCCAUGGAUCGGGUUUUCAAAAAUAUGUAGAUAAAGCAUGUUUCCUCUCUGUCUCUGAAUUCAGAUCUUUGAGUAAUAAAUUAACACUCAAAAACGUA